AUGAUCCUCAUACUGAAGUACAAGAAUGACCCUCAUUACAAAUUUUCGGUGGCCUACGGCGCGACGCCGUGGAACUCGCUCAUAACGGUGUCGCUGUGGAUUGCCUCCUGUUUGUUGUGGUAUUACGAGUAUGUCACGUUGGCUAUCGUCGGCCUGUGUCUGGGCUCACUCAUGUUCGUGGUUUGCGUGAUCAACUCAGCCGGUGACUUCCUCCGGGAAAAAACCGUCCGCCAGCCGGCGAAACUGAGCAGAAUGCUCUCCAGGCUGGAUUGGCUGACUCCGGACCACAGCGAGCACGUGUCUCCGAUGUCGUCAGCUUCAGUGUCCGCGUCGUGUCUGAACUGGUCGGAGAGUGGCACACUUUUGGAUCCCAAGUCGGGAAUAUCAGCAUCGUGUUGUGAACGGAUAAACGUUCUGCACGGCUCAGAGCCCCUCCACGUGGGGGUUCUGGCAUUGAGCAACUCGAGAGUUUUCAACUCGUGCGACCUGACCGAAGACAGCGUGAGGCAGCCUCUGAUUUGA